AUGCCUGUUCCCAAAAACACAAAACGCAUGGUCCUAGCCGGAGCCGUGACGGCGAUUACGAUUGCGGGGACCCUCUACGGUGCAGGACUUAAGACGAACCAAGAGGUAGCCCAGACUGUCCAGAAAACCCGCGAAAUAACACUAGACGAACGGAUUGCCGAUCUCCGACAAACACGCCAGAACCUGAUGUCGAAGAAGGAGCUUGUUGAAAAGCAGAUCCGGGACUUGGACAUGCGGAUUGAAGACAAAAAACAAAAGGCUAUUGGCGGGCAAUCAAAAUAG